CUAUCAUUUAGCCCGCAGAACUCGAAGAGGGAACGAUCGGCUAAUUCUCAGCACAAGAGUGUACUCAUGGGAUGCUUUUCGGAAUUCUUCUUUGAAUAUGAAACCCCCCGCAUGGCUCUUCUCAAAGACCGUAAGAUCGGGGUGGUUUGUCGGCUCAUUCAGCUCGGGGUCCUGGUUUACAUCAUUGGAUGGGUAUUCAUAUAUGAGAAGGGCUAUCAGUCUGAAGAUGGCAUCAUCAGCUCAGUCUCGGUCAAGGUUAAAGGAGUAACAUCUACUAAUGACAGUGACCAUGGUUUCAGAGUCUGGGAUGUUGCUGAUUAUGUUUUUCCUGAACAGGGAGAUGACUCCUUUUUGGUGAUGACAAACUUUAUCUCAACUAGGCAACAACAAGGCCAUUGUCCUGAGUUACCAGGACCUCUGACCAUAUGUAGCUCUGACAACGAUUGCAAGUAUGGAACGUUAGAAAAUGGGAUUAAAACCGGAAAAUGUGUUGAAUAUAAUAACAGCGCCAUAAAGACGUGUGAAAUCUAUGGUUGGUGCCCGGUGGAAAAUGACCUCAACAUUCCUAGCCCUGCAUUGCUCUUGGAAGCUGAAAGGUUUACUGUAUUUAUCAAGAACACCAUCACAUUUCCAGAGUUUAAAGUGACCAGGAGCAAUUUAGAUGAGUCCAUUACUAAAUCAUAUCUUGCAAACUGCACCUAUGAAAAAGAUCCCCUUUGCCCAAUAUUUAAACUUGGAAACCUCAUUCAGAUGGCAGGUUUUGAUUUCAAUGACGUAGCCUUGAAGGGAGGAGCAGUUGGAAUUGUAAUCAAGUGGGACUGCAACCUGGAUUUUCCUGAAAAGUACUGUAGGCCAACAUAUGAGGUCCACGGUCUGUAUGGAGGAGGGAAACAGUCUUCUGCAUCACUGGGCUAUAAUUUUAGGUAUGCUAAAUAUUUUAUGGAAGAGAAGAUUGAAAAAAGGACACUUUAUAAAGUAUUUGGAAUCAGAUUUGACAUUAUUGUACAUGGAAAGGCUGGAAAAUUUGAUAUCAUACCAACUAUGACAGCGAUUGGGUCUGGUGUUGGAAUUUUUGGAGUGGCCACUGUCGUAUGCGACCUUUUACUACUUUACAUCAUGCCACAGCGUCACUUUUAUAAAAAUAUGAAGUUCAAGUACACAGAAGAACAGGAGGAGUGUGAAAUACUUCCUUGACAUCUGGAUUGGCCAAGAAUUCCACAGUCACCGUUCCUUGCCCAUUUAUCUUGGAAUUUGGAGAAGCUUGCCUGGGCAUGUUUUAUAACCGCCAAGCUGAUGCAGAGAAGAAACAAGGCUGGAUUUGUCCAUUUCCCUUUCACCUCUGCCUUUACUAUUUACAGAGGGAAUUCAAGACAAAAUGUGAAUUGAAAAACAAUAAAAGGGAAAAAUACCUUUCAAAGACAAUGUCGACAUAACAUGGAUAUUGCACAUUCAGAUAUGUGGUUAACUGGGGUAUAUGUUAAUAAUAUAAUGAGUGCAUGCAAUGAUCUAUUCAUCAUCUUAUCCUACUUUAUCCUGAGGAGCAUCGCAGGGGAGCUGGAACCAAUCCCAGCAUGCAUAGGGCAAAAGGCAGAAGCAAUCUCUGGACAGAGCACCAAUCCAUGGGAGGGUGAACACACACAUGCACUAGGGCCAAUUUAGUAUUGCCAAUCCAUCUAAUCUGCAUCCUGGCCUCCUUACUGCAAUGUAGAAGUCCUACCACUGUGCCACCAUCCUGCCCACAUGCAAUGAUAAAAGUGAAAAUUCUGGUUAAUUGGUGCCUUCUUUUUGUUAAAUGUUUUGUACCUGUUGUCACAGGGUGUGUACUGCAUACCUUGACAUAGGCAUGAGGACAUGGACAUACAGUAUAUUAAGGAAUGAUUAAUUACUCCCUCAAAAAUGUUUACGACUCACCCACAUACAGCAAAGUAAGGGCAAUGUAAGGAAGGAAAUGGACUGGACAGUAAAACACAUCUAUCUAUCUAUCUAUCUAUCUAUCUAUCUAUCUAUCUAUCUAUCUAUCUAUCUAUCUAUCUAUCUAUCUAUCUAUCUAUCUAUCUAUCUAUCUAUCUAUCUAUCUAUCUAUCUAUCUAUCUAUCUAUCUAUCUAUCUAUCUAUCUAUCUCUGUCAGUCAGUCAGUCAGUUAGUCAGUCAUGUAUGGCCUCAGUCCUUCUUUACAAUUGGAUAGGAUGUUGCAUUUUAUUUGGAGAUGGCUUAUGGUUGUAUCACUUUAAUCUUUUCUUUGAGUUAUUCAAUCUUUCAUUUAAACAGACUUCUCACACAAGCCAUCUAAAUUGUUUAUGGGCGUCAAUCUAUGGCCACCUGCAUUUCUAUAAAAUGGCCAGCUGGACCAUCAAGCAGAUACUCCCAGUCUUGAUUGUGUGUUCUCCACUACUCUAAUGAACACUUUGAAUUGAAGGAGAAUUCUUAACAUUAUUUAUUACUUUUGUCCCUGAAGUACGCAGAGAAUGAGAACAAGAGAUCCUGGCAGCAUUUGCCACAGUUCUUGGUAUGCCAGUUUUUCAUUCAUGGUGUGUCAAACAGCUUAAGUUUAAUUCAUAGAAGCCUUUGUGUUCUUGGCUAUAAAACCCUAUAGUUAUUUGGAAAAGAAAUUUAUUAAAGUUUUAACAUGUGCUAAUUUAUUUUUUGUGGAUGUAAUAAAAUAGGCAAUUUUGUUCUUUUGCAAAAUGAA